AGGCACACCUGUUCAUUCCCCUGGAGACGACACCCGAGAUGCCGGGCAGACGCUAGCAAUCUGAGGUAAUCUACUUAGUUACAGAGGAGCAACCUGACUCCAUUGACCUGUCUGCGAAGGCACAGAGAGGACCGACGCUCGCAGUGUCCCAGACUGAGUUUAUCAGGUAAUGCUCAGGGAACAUGACUGAACAAAGACAGAGAGCGCUGUCCACGUCCGGCGAGGCUCUGUACCAGGUGCUGGGCCUCGACAAGAACUGCACCCAUGAUGACAUCAAGAAAUCAUACAGGAAGCUUGCUCUAAAAUAUCACCCGGACAAGAACCCAGAUAACCCAGACGCUGUGGAGAAAUUCAAGGAGCUGAACAAUGCGCACACCGUGCUGUCCGACCUCACAAAGAGGAACAUUUACGACAAGUACGGAUCGUUGGGUCUCUACGUGGCGCAGCAGUUCGGAGAGGAGAACGUGAACACGUACUUUAUGCUCUCCAGCUGGUGGGCCAAGGGUCUGUUCGCGAUCUGCGGCUUGCUGACCGGCUGCUAUUUCUGCUGCUGUCUGUGCUGCUGCUUCAACUGCUGCUGUGGGAAGUGUAAGCCCCGCGCUCCUGGAGAGGAAGACCCCGAGUGCUACGUGUCCCCUGAAGACCUGGAGGAGCAGAUUCGCACCGACACGGAGAGGGACGGUGACACCCCUGUAAUGCAUCAGCCAACUAACGCGAGCGAGAAGACCCAACUGAUCGGAGACGGACAUCGAUCAUACACCUGAGAAUAAACAUUUAUAUGUGUUAUUUUUUUAAAUAUUCAUUUGCUUUGAA